AUGGGGAAAACUAGUAUAAGCGUUAUUAGUGUUUUAUUAUUAGUUAGCGUUUUAUGGAAACCUUCUUACGCCUAUGAAAAAUGCUCUUUGGCUUGUUCGGGAUCUCCGACGUCACAAACAUUUUUAAGCGGCCACAAGUACAAUUACGGUGUUGAGGGUACGGUGUCCAUCUACCUGACGGGUGCCUCCAACCAGGAAACCAGCGUGAAGCUGCUCGGUCAGGUUUCAGUGGCUGCAGUGGGCAACUGUGUGCAUGAACUUACUGUGCAGAAUCUGGUCAUCGGUGGACCUGAUGGCAAGAAACACCACUGCCCAGAAGGCAUCAACAAGCCAGUAAGGUUCACUUUACAAGAUGGCCGCGUUGGUCCUGAAAUCUGCGCUGAGGAGGAUGAUACUCGCCGCUCCCUCAACAUCAAGAGGGCUAUCAUCUCCUUGUUGCAAACGGAACAGAAGUCUUCUACUCAGGUGGAUGUCUUCGGUACCUGUCCCACUGAAGUCACUUCGUCUCAAGAGGGUGGUGCUGUUCUGGUCCAUCGCAAUCGUGACCUCUCUCGCUGUGGACAUCGCGAACAAGGCCGAAAUGAGCUGAUCACUGGCGUCUUCAAUCCUAGCGCUGAAAUCAAAGACACCCAAGUUCUCGCCUCAAGCUUGAACGUAGAAACCAAAGUCAACAAUGGCGUACCUGAGAAAGUAUCUGCGAACGAGGAGUACUUAUACAGGCCCUUCUCUGUGGGAGAACAUGGAGCCAGGGCGAAGGUCCACACCAAGUUGACAUUAACUGGCAAAACGAAGGCCGCUAGUGCCCCAAGUCACUGCACUGAAUCCCGCACAAUAAUCUUCGAAGUCCCCCACGGUGCUAGUACGGUCCAGAAUGGUAUGCAGGCGGCACUUCAAGCCGUCAAGGAGACCGCCAGAUCCAUCGCCAAGGAAUGCAGUUCUAAGUCUGCUGGCAGCUUUGCACAUCUUAUCAGGGUUCUCCGCCUGUCCAGCAAGGAUGAUCUCAUGAAAGUCUACAGCCAAGUCAAGGGCAACAAUGUUGAAAAGAGAGUCUUCCUUGAUGGUCUUCUCCGGACUGGAACCGGAUACAGCAUUGAAGCCUCCAUCCAGCUUUUAAAGAAUAAUGAACUCGGAUAUGUAGAACAAAGAUUAGUAUUCCUCUCCCUGGGUAACGCCAGGCACGUUAACAAUGAAGCUAUUAAAGCCGCUGCUGCUUUACUGGACACCCCGCACUUGCCUAAAGAAGUAUUUAUCGGAGUUGGAGCUUUAGCUGGUAUUUUCUGCCGCGAACAUCAGUGCCAUAGGGUUAAGAACGAUGGUGUGACAGCUCUUAGCCAGAAGUUUGCAGCUAAGCUACAGAACUGUCGCCCGAAGAACAAGUUUGAUGAAGAUAAUGUUGUAGCUGUAUUAAAAGGUAUCCGAAACAUCCGUCACUUGGAAGAUAACUUAAUUGAGAAACUGACCCACUGCGCACUGGAUAAUAACGUCAAACCUAGGGUUAAAGCUGCAGCACUUGAAGCUUUCCAGGCUGAUGCUUGUGCCCCUAAGCUAAAGAAGACGGCCAUCGACAUCAUGAAAAACCGCCAGCUGGAUUCUGAGAUCCGCAUCAAGGCAUACCUCGCCAUCAUCACAUGUCCUUGUGCUCAUUCGGCUUCUGAAAUCAAAAACUUGUUGGACUCUGAGCCUGUUCACCAAGUGGGCAACUUCAUAUCUACAUCUCUACGUAACAUUCGUUCUUCUUCUAACCCUGACAAGAAACUCGCUCGCCAACACUAUGGACUCAUCAGGAUCCCUAACAAGUUUAACAAUGAUGUCAGGAAAUACUCUUUCUCCGAGGAAGAAUCAUUCAAUAUUGAUGCCCUUGGUUUGGGAGGUAACGUCGAACAAAACGUAAUCUACUCUCAGGAUUCCUUCUUGCCGAGGUCUGUGGCUGUAAACCUGACAACUGAAGUCUUCGGACACAAUUUGAACGUUCUUGAGGUCGGAGCUCGUCAAGGCAAUUUAGACCGUGUCUUGGAACAUCUUUUGGGACCUAAAGGUUUCUUCCGCACAGAGGAUUUGCAGGAUAUCUACAAAAAGUAUAUAGCUGGUCCUUUUGUUGAGUACACAGAGAAGGCGGGCUCUCGAGGCCGCCGUUCAGUCAAGUCUGAUGUAGAUAGUUUCGACAAAAAUCUAAAAGCGGAAUCGGUUCCAUACAACAACGAAUUGGAUUUAGAUAUAUACGUCAAGCUGUUCGGCACUGACGCUGUAUUCUUAUCUCUUGGCGAUGGAAAGGGCUUCGAUUUUGACAAAAUCAUGAAAGAUAUCAUGGUGUUCGUUAACAAAGGCAUUGAUGGAGUCAAGCACUUCCAGCAAGAAGUUCGCGCCAAUCUUCUUUUCUUAGACGCCGAACUUAUUUACCCUACGUCUACUGGUUUCCCACUCAAACUUGAUCUAAUCGGUGCCGCUACUGGUCGCUUUGAUGUCGCCUCUAAUGUAGACAUUCGCCAGAUUUUGAAAAGUCCACAGGAUUCCAAAAUCGACGUCAAACUAAUACCCAGUACUGAUAUAGAAAUCACUGGUGCCUUGUUAGUGGAUGCCGAUGCCGUCUCUACCGGUCUGAAAGUCAUCGUUAACUUGCACAGUUCAACUGGAGCACAUGUGGUCGCAAAAGUAAUAGAAGGUGGUCGUGGAUUCGAUCUACAGUUUGGCUUGCCAAUUGACAAACAAGAAAUCAUAACCGCUUCCAAUGAUGUGGUUUAUUUCCAUGCCGAAAAAGGCCAAGAAGAGAAACAUACCGCUGUGAAGACUGACACUGUAGUAAAAGAAAAUCAUGCCUGCUUUGACCAAGCUGCUGACUUUUUAGGUAUUACUGUUUGCGGGGAUAUGUCAUUGCCUUUCACUUUCUCUGGACCUGAAGCCCAGGCUUCUAUCUCUAGGUUCGUUGCAAGCUAUCCAUUAUCUGGAUCCGCCAAAAUACGUCUUUACCUAGAAAAACAGUCUCUCAGAGGCUAUCAUAUUAAGGGACUAUUGCGAUCAGACCAAUCUGGAAAACAAGGUUUUGAAUUAUUAUUUGAUGCUGAAGGAGCUAAGAGCGGCCGUGCUCAGUUAUCUGGAGAAUAUGUCUACAAUGAUCAUGCAAUCGGUGCCCAGAUCUCACUAGACUCCGCUAUUAAAACUGUUUUUGGUCAGGUUGCAUUCACCCGCAGUUCUUCAAAGCUGACCCUCGUCGUCAAAGGUAAAUAUGAUGCCAAUGAUGUCUACGGUAAAGUUGGAUUCAAGGUCCAAGGUGGCGGUGCGCGUACAGUUUACACACCUAUCGCUGAAUAUAAAAUGCCCGGCGAAAAGGAAAACCAUAAUAUUCCCAUCUCUGGUAAAGUCAUUGAAGAAGUCAAUGGACCUAGAAGGAAGUAUACUAUUGAAGAUGUUAAAGUUAAUUUACCAAAUGUGAAGGACCCAGUCUGCAUUGAUGGAAACGUAGCCUCCUCUGGUCCGAAAGACGUAGAAUUUGAGGUUAUCGUAAAAGAGCUCGCGACAUUCAAGGGUUCAUUGAAGAACUAUGAUCUCUUCGCCGAGUUUUUAAACAAGCUAAACCCGUACAUCAACUUCCGCUUGAAAGGACACUUUGAAUGUGACCAAGUUACCCGCAAUGAGAUUGACUUGAUAUACGGUGGUGACUUGAAAAAUAACCAGAACCGCGUUAUUCUUGGACACAUGUACAAAUACCACAACUCUGAGAAGGACUUCAAUUUCAUCACAAAGAAUAAGUUUGAAAUCUGCGCUAUUCCUUUGAAGGCUCGCUUUGACAUUGAUGUUGAUCCUAAAAAGAUUGACGUAUCAGGGGAAGGACAAUACUUGGAUAGGCAAGUAUCAUUUGAUUUGGACGGACGUACCCACAUUAAGAAACAAGGAGACUACAGCUUGAAAUUAAAGGCUGAGGUAGACAAAAAUGGCCUCGAAGUAUUCUCUAAGAGGGACAUUGUAUCGCCUGAUAAGUCUAACUUUGAGAACUACGUUGACUUAAAAAACGUUGGCAAGUACGAGCUAUCCGGAGUUGUUUUGCACAAGACCAAACCUAACGACGUAAAUGUUGGCGCUGUUGGAUACCUAAAAAUAACCGUAGGCAGCAAAUGCCAGGAUAUCAAAUUUGAUAUUGGACAAAUUGAGACUGCCAGCCUUUUCUCGUCACAUGCUAAAGUCUCAGAAAACCAGGAUGAGUUCCUCGACUUCCUCCUAAAGAUUAACCGUGGUGCCAAUGCGAACGGACAACUCAAACUUAACGUCAAGCAAGCUAUUGGUGCAAAUGGUUCAUUCAAAAUUACUGACAGCAAUGGUCAGGGCAACGGCAUGAUCAUCGUUGACUUCAAACAGUCUCAACGCAAGAUCAAGGGUGACUUCAAAUUCACGGCAAAGUCUCCAAACUAUGGUGCUGAUGUAGACCUCUACUUUAAUUAUGAAAAGGAUAACAACGACAAAGUACACAUCAGUACAGCGACAAAGACGACCGAAACACUGACAGAUUCCAAGAACAAAUUUGAGUACAAUAACAGGAAGUUCGAACUUAACGUACAUCAAGAGGGAGUAUUCGACACAGUUGGCAAAACCAACGGCUUAGUAGAACUUGUGUUGCCUGAAGGAAGAUGCCUCACCUUCAAGUUGAACCGCGAUAUCACUAACAGCAAUGGCAAUUACAAUGGCGUUGCCGAGAUGGUUAUCUCCGAUGCUUCCAAGCGUGGAGCAGCUGACUCUAGUAUUAGCUACAAAGGCAAGGUCACUAACGCCAACUGGGACAAGGAAAUAUUUGAUUACCAAGGACUAAUAGAAGUGAAAUUGAAGGAUGGCAGGAAGUUAUCAGACAAUUUUGCCUUCAAGAGGGUCCCCGAGGGUGAUAAGUUUAAGUUCGAAGGAAAGGUGGAAGUUACUGGCAACUUAAUACCCAAACCAAUUGCUUUAUCCGGUUUCUACAUCGACACGGAUUCUAUCACCAAUAGUGACGAUAAAUAUCGUCUGAAGGCUAGUUACGGUGAUGAUACAAACUUCGAGCUCUUCGGAGUCUUUGUAGCGAAGUUCUUGGAAAAUGGUGAAAAUAAGUACGUGAAUGACUACACUGUAACCAUAAGACUGCCCUUCGAGAAGGCCCAUGACCUGAAAUGGGUCAAUACUGUAGUAUAUGUGCGACCCGACGGCAAGGAUGAGAUUGAGUACACUUUGAUCGAGCUGAUGCAAAUAAACUCUGACGUAUACAAAAUUGAUGCAAAUGGCAAGGGCAGCGCUGAGACAGGCUACGGCACCGUUAAGUUAUUAGUGCCACACGUGGAUCCCCUCGUGUUGGACAUUAAGUACAAGAACAACGAAAACCAAGACAAAUAUGACAGCCACGUUGAAUUAAAGGCAAAAUAUGGCAAGGGCAAGUCUGCGAACAUCGUGACAGAUGCUUCGGUGGCGCCAAGAGAUAAUAGACUCAGUUUCAAAGCCAGCGCUCCUCAUGCCGAGAAAUUCAAAAACUUUGAAUUUGCCGUGCACUCUAAGAACCCAACUCCUGACACCUACAUCUCCGAUGUGACAAUUGACGCUGACGGUCAUGUUUAUAAGUCAGCAUCAAACUUCGUCUUCUCCAAAUCCAACCCUGUAAUUGAUGUGAAGUACUCAAGCCCUGACAACCCCAAUAGCAGCAGGUUCUUCGUUAAAGGCAACUCCCUCAGCUCGACUCAAGGUAAAGUGGAAGUCAAGAUUGAAAACAUUCGUGAAGUCUCAUUAGACGUGAUCAGUGAGGCUAGCAUCCAAAAAGAUAACAUUGAUAUCAAGACAGUUGCAAACUCCGAAAAAUUGGGCUGGAAGAACUACAAUGUCGAGAUCACCAGUAAAGAUGCUGGAAGCGGCAAAAGGUUGGAAUUCCAUGCCACUAAUGACAACAAGAACAUUUUUAGCGGAAGUACAUCCUUCAUCAGCAAACAAGAGGGCCCUAAAACGAUCAUUGAAGGUUCUGGCGCAGUAAAGGUACAAGAUGAGCAAAAAUCUGCCAACUUUAAGUACAUCAGAACUAUUUUGGGAGAUGGCAACGAAAAGGGUAUUGAGACCUUCUUCGACAUGGCAAUCGGAGACCGUAGUUACGUGGCUGAAUCUAGAAUAACCAACCUGGAAUACAAGAAUUCUUACCUGUACUGCGAACAGAAAAAACAAUGCGCACAUGCUGAACUGGUGUCUAAAAUCGAUUUAUCCAAAUCUGGAACAAUCCUGAACACCGUAAGCGCCAGCUUCGACUUACGUAAACUUGGUAUCGCUCCUGAGUUCGGUUUGAAUAUCAAGGAUGAAGUAUCCGACAAGAAGCUGCCACAGUACACCAUGGAUGUUCACAUCAACAAAGAAGAUAAAAAGUUCCAUCUCCACGUUUACAAUACUCCCGAAUUCGGAAAUGCCAAAUCUGGAAUUAAUCUUCAUCUACCGCACCGUGUCUUGGCCCUCGAAUCCGUUGUGUCUUACCCAACUAACAAGGCUCUGCCUUUCCCUGUCCGUGGUGAAAUCUGCCUCGAUAUGGAUAAGAACAAACAGGGCCAUAAGACUUCAGCCCGGUUUUUGGUAGACCUGGACGUAAGUAAUGAAAAGAACCAGUUCGCAGUGGCCGAAUUUGCAUUCAAUCAUCCCAAAUUGAGCAAGGAGGCCAUUGUUAAAAUCAAUGGAAACAUGAAACAACCUGCUGCGAAUAGUGUCAAGAUCGAGACCUCUGCUUCAUUCUCACACCCUGUCCUUGGAGCUGACCGCGAAUCUAAGAUCUUACUGGAAGCUUCGCCAAACCACAUCAAAUUCUUGGUUAACACCCCUCUCGUCAAAGUGAUUGAUAUCGAAGGAUCAGCAGUUAUCAAGGAUAACCUGCAGAAGGGAGACUUUAAAAUCUGUUUGCUGGAGGGCAAGCCGGUUCAAGUGACAGCUAUUGCUAAAGAUUACCAGUACUUCGAGUUCACUACAGGUUAUAGCGCUGAAUCGGACCGCAAGCUGUCGUUCGUGGGUCACGUCCAACCUGAGAAGCGUCUGGACUUCAGUACCGAUAUUGUGCUAGGAGGCGAGAAGAAGAACAUCGUUCAUGGAGCACUAUUUAUUCAAGAUGACCUAAUUAAGAGCGAUUAUGGAGCAGAUAAGAAAAACUUUGAAUACUUCUUGAAUGCCCUUAAGAAGGACCUGGAAAAUCUCAGCGCUCGUAUCAAGAGCCUCGGAGACAAAGCCAACAACGACUUCAAGGCUAUACUGAAACGCGUCGAGCCGACCCUUAAGAACUUAGAAAAAACUUACACUGCAGACCUUGAUAAAUUCUACCGAGAAGUUGUUGACGACAAGACUCUACAAGAAAUCUCUCAAUCUUUCCACGACAUCGCUCAGUAUGUUGCUAAGAUGAUUGACGAAGUGAUUCAGGCCACCAAACCUAUCGUAGACCAAAUCACGCAGCUGUACAUCGAAUCUGCUAAGAAGAUUCAGGAAAUGUAUGAGAAGCAGAUUGAGCCUCAACUGAAACAACUGGAAGCUACUAUCGCUGCUGUUCUUAAGGAAUUCUGGGAAGGAUUGCUCUCAGUGGUUACUCACUUCGUGAGCUUGGUUGUAGACUUCUAUGAAAAGCAUAAGCCAGAACUUGAGGAGCUCACAAAUAUUCUCACCAACAUUUUCAAGGACUUGACUCGUCUGCUGGUGGUUCAACUAAGAGAACUCCGUGCUCGCCUCAAUGAAGUGUAUCGUGAAGCCAGUGAACAGUUCGGUCAAAUGCCUCUCUUCGCAAUGCUUAAAGAGAAGUACCAAGAGUUAGCUGUCCCAGAACAAGCCUUGGCUCUUCUCCAAGAAGUAUACCAAACCGUUCGCGCUCUGAUCCCUACACCAGAAGUGAGAGAUUUCCUUGACGCUGUGUACAAAUACCAGGUUAAAAAACUGAAGCAAGAGCAGUGUGACGACCAGAAAGAACUUCGCGAAAUAUACAAGAAGUUGUCUCCAGCUAUCACUUCUCUGAUCCAGUUCAUCCGUAACCAACUUGGACAGUUUGGUAUUACCCCUGGCAUUGCUGGUAUCAGCCCGUUCUCAUUCACUCCUGAAAGCCUGCAAUCAGCUCCUAUUUUCGGAGGCUCAGCAUCUGCCAGUCUUCUCAGUAAACUGUUGAGUGGUGAUUUCCCAGACGUGAUCGCUGCGAUCAAGGCCUACAGACCGAGGAGCUUGAAUCCGUUCGAUGAAAUACCCGCCAAACUCCGUGCCGUGGUAGUUAACGGACAGCACAUCUUCACCUUCGACGGUCGCCACUUGACCUUCCCUGGCAAUUGCCGCUACGUCCUGGCACAUGACCACGUCGACAGGAACUUCACCCUCAUGAUGCAGUUGGUCAACGGAGCACCCAAAUCUCUCAUCCUGGAAGAUAAGAGCGGUUCCAUCAUUGAGCUGAAAGAAAAUGGAGCGUGCACCAUCAACGGUGCAAACCAUGGUUACCCCAUCAUCGAGAAGGACUCGUUUGCUUUCCGUCAGGCUAACGGACGUAUCGGACUUGGGUCUCUCUACGGUGUAAUGGUCAUCUGUUCCAGCAAACUUGAGGUCUGCUCCAUCGAAGUGAACGGCUUCUACUUAGGCAAGCUCCGUGGUCUGCUUGGAGAUGGUAACAAUGAACCCUAUGAUGACUUCAGAAUGCCUAACGGAAGGAUUUGUGACUCAGAAAGUGAGUUCGGCAACUCAUACCGUUUGUCACGCAGCUGCCCGCAAGUACAGUCUCCUGAGCACAAUCACCACCAAAUGCACCACAUGGCCCUGCCUCCAGCAUGUGAACAGGUCUUUGGAGGCAACUCUCCACUCAGACCACUUAGCUUGUUCUUAGACGUUGCUCCAUUCAGGCAAGCCUGCAUUCACGCCUGUUCUGGUGACUCUGCUGAAGCUCUCCAAGAAGCUUGUGACUUGGCAAGUGGGUACGCAGUACUGGCCACUACCACCCUAUUGCCAGCUGUUCUGCCCGAAGUCUGCGUGAAGUGCACGGACGCUGACAAACCUAGGAAAAUCGGCGACACCUAUGAACUUAAGGUUCCAACCAAACAAGCAGAUAUCAUCGUUGCCUUUGAAACUACCAUUGAUAACGAGCAGAACUUCAAGAAUAUCGUCGUCCCUAUCGUUUCCGACGUCAUCAACGGACUUAAGAGCAAACGCAUCAAUGACAUCAAGGUCUACCUCGUCGGCAUCACCUCCAAAUACCCCUACCCUAUCGUUUAUGACACUGACCCGAAACUUAAGAACGCCAAGGUUCAGUUUGACGACAAGAGCCGUUACAACCGCAUCAGCAACAAAAUUGACUACGGUCAGGAUCCCAUCCUGAAGGGAAUCGCGUUCGCUGCCAAGUUAUACGAGGACUUGACUAUUGAACUUGGCUUGACUAACGAUGCUGUAGCUUACUCAUCAAUCUUCGACCUUCCCCUCCGUGCUGGUGCUGUCAAACACACUAUUAACGUCCUCGGAGAGGAAUGCGACAACCAAUUCUUCUUGUUCGAGGCUGUCCGCUCAGUGGUGUUCAGCGCUGUGGCCGAGAACAUGGUGUACAGCCACUCCGUCAUCGCUGUCACUCCUUCUCUCAAGAUCGGAGGUGGCAAGAACUACAACCAGAUUGUCGGUUACACCGAAGAUGCUGUGAUCAUGCUGGGAGACAAGAAGGUGGGCAAGGAGGCGCACAACCUCAGGUCCUCUUUGGAAACAACGGCUGAUGCGUGCCGAGACUUUUUUGAAUCGACUGACGGUAUCGUCUUCUCGGCUACUAACUUCCACAAGCUGAACGCUGGUCAGCAGAAGCAGUACAUCCAAACCGCCGCAGCCGCCAUCAACCAGCGCCUGCUGCACGAGACCUUGGUCCAAGACUGCAUAUGCACUUACGUAGAUCCCUUCAGGGCGCGUUCAGUUUGCUUCUCCAAAGACAAAAAAGAAGUGGCUCGCCGUAGGAAGUAA